UUAAAUUUGAAAUCUUGUCCUCAAAUCGUAUGGAACGAUAACAUAUCGAUUAAUGUCAUCUAAGCAAAGCGGUAGACUUGUUUAUUUGUGAAGCCAAAUAUGGACCUGCAGGGAUUUAUGCAGCAGAUGUACAGUGGUGCACCGGCCAUGCCCAUGAUGAUGCCGCACCCGCUCCCGCUCCCGAAUGGCUACGGAUACGGGAUGGCCCCUGGACAACAGCAGCCCUUUUGUCCGUUUCCCCCCAACGGAAGCUACGGAAGCAACUACGACCGGAUUGUGGACAAACUGGAGGACGAAGACGAGGAGGAGAACGAGCAGCAGCGGACGCUCUUCUGUGGAAAUCUCGACGAGCGCGUCACUGAGGAGAUCCUUUACGAGGUCUUCCUGCAGGCCGGUCCCAUCGAGGGUGUGCACAUACCCACGGACAACACGGGGCGGCAGAGGAACUAUGGCUUCGUUACCUACCAGCACCUGUGCGCUGUGCCCUUUGCCCUCGACCUCUACCGUGGCUUGGAGUUAUUCAACAAGAAAUUGACCAUCAAACAGCGGGGCGUCGACAAGGCCAAGCAGUCGCCAUUGCCAUCGCCAUCGCCAUCGCUAUCCUUCAACCAAAGUCGCCUGCGCAACCCGUUCAUGGUGGAGUUGCCAUCCCAAGCGCCGCCUACGGCCCUGCCCCCGCACCACUAUCAUCGCCACAGUUUGCAUGGCGCCAAGCCCUACGACCGCAAUCCGUUUGGCAACAACGGGGACCAGCGGCGCCGCAGCGACAGCUCCGCAAUGGAACGCAGCCGGCCGAGGAUGCAGCCGCAGCAGCACCACCAGCACAUGCAGGGCGGGAGCAGGAGGUCGGACCAACGGCACAACAACAAGCGCCGAUUACUUUAGAAUCUAAGUAGCCUUUAAUUACAUCCAUAAGUUAGUAUACAGUCAAGAUCACCAAGGAGUCCUCAUGAUCUUGUUUAUCCAAUCACCUUAAGUGUUAAGGAUUCCGCCCAACUCCUAGUGUCUGUAAGCUGGCUAUCGACACAUGAGACUAAGAGCAAGAAGGUACACAAAUUUCACUGUUUCAUAAUAUUUUCACUCCCAUCUUAAUAGAUGGGAGUCAAUCUUGGCUCGUGCUCCCAUCUUCGUGAUUCAACUGAAACCAACUUGCAAGAAACGCAAUCCGUACGGAAACAUACAAAACAACAUGGAAUAACAUGAGAAACAACAAUGUAUUUAGUAGUCCUUAAGGUUAAAAAUACAUAAGCCAGGUUGCUUACAAAAAAUACAAAUAUAUUGAAAGCAAA